CGCAGGGAGCGCGGGCCCCGCCCUUCCUGGCGGUGCGGGCGGCGGCGGGGCCGGGCGGCAAGAUGGCGGACUUGGAGGAGCAGCUCUCCGAUGAGGAGAAGGUGCGUAUAGCAGCAAAAUUCAUAAUUCAUGCUCCUCCUGGGGAAUUCAAUGAAGUGUUCAAUGAUGUUCGGUUGCUGCUGAAUAAUGACAAUCUUCUCAGGGAAGGAGCAGCCCAUGCAUUUGCACAGUACAACUUGGACCAGUUUACUCCAGUAAAAAUUGACGGUUACGAUGAACAGGUUUUGAUAACAGAACAUGGUGAUUUGGGAAAUGGAAAAUUUUUGGAUCCGAAGAACAAGAUUUCUUUUAAAUUUGAUCAUUUAAGAAAGGAGGCUACUGAUCCUAGACCCCAUGAAGUUGAAAAUGCUAUAGAAUCCUGGAGAAAUUCAGUUGAAACAGCAAUGAAAGCAUACGUGAAAGAACAUUACCCAAAUGGUGUCUGUACAGUGUAUGGUAAAACAAUUGAUGGGCAGCAGACCAUUAUUGCUUGCAUAGAGAGCCAUCAGUUCCAAGCAAAAAAUUUUUGGAAUGGCCGUUGGAGGUCAGAAUGGAAGUUUACAAUCACCCCUUCAACCACUCAAGUGGCUGGCAUCUUGAAAAUUCAGGUUCACUAUUAUGAAGAUGGCAAUGUUCAGCUGGUGAGCCAUAAAGACAUACAAGAUUCUCUAACAGUGUCUAAUGAAGCCCAGACAGCAAAGGAAUUUAUAAAAAUUGUAGAGGCUGCAGAAAAUGAGUAUCAGACUGCUAUCAGUGAGAAUUAUCAGACUAUGUCGGACACUACUUUCAAGGCCUUACGUCGACAAUUGCCAGUUACUCGCACCAAGAUUGACUGGAACAAGAUCCUUAGCUAUAAAAUUGGAAAAGAGAUGCAGAAUGCUUAAAGUGAACGUUGCAUGACUGGAUCAUUUUAGUGUUCUUGUAUACAAAUAAAAAUUAUUAUUGAAAAAAAGUAUUUGGAACUGUCAAAUCACCCAGUCAGCAUGGGCUUUCACCAUUGAAAAUCACUGUAAGUAGCUUGGUUAGAGCACAAAGCUUAGCAAAUUGACUUCUUUCCUUUUUCUUUCUUUUCAGAGGUUUGCAACUUCAGUAUAGCUGAAUAUCUUCCUUUAGAGUUUCUGUUGUACCUUUAUUUUUUUAUAAUGAAGAGACCAUGCCUUUAGUUUUCAAUCACACUUUAAGAACAAUUUGAAAAAUAUUUUUGCAUAUAAUAACCCUUUCUCUUGCUUUCAUGUGAAACGAACAACUUCCAAAAUUUGCUGGAUUCCUUGUUGAGCUCAGUAAUGUGCAUUUCUAGUUCAAAGUCAACAUGGAGUUAGCCAUGGGUGCUGUUUUUGAAAUCAUCUGUGCUUUCAUUGUAUGAAAGAUUGGGAAAAGCAUUUUCUAUAUUGUUUAAACCUUUCUGAAUACUUAUUUAGCAGACUCUGUGGUAAUUGAUUUUUGUUCCUUAAAGAAAAGGCCAAGGUCUAACACUGUUUUAAGAUCUUAUAAUUAAAUAAAAGUACUUACUUCAGAAAUGCAUUUAAUGCUUUCCUGACAGUUACUUAAAUGAGCUCGAACUCCAUUUGCCAUUGAGGUUUUUUAUCAUAAAGCCACAAAUGUAUUAUAACAAGGCAUAUUGUAAUAUAUCUAAUCCUGUACUCAUUACUAUGUCUAUCAGUUUACUUUUUCUUGGAUUGAAAUGUACUAAAAUUCAAUGUGACAUUAAAAUGCAAAUUUUCUAUUUAUUUGAGUAUCAGAUUGCUUCCUGAUAGAGCCUCUGUUGAUGGUGUUUCUAUAUAUUUUAAAAAUACUGCUUAAAUCUGUCAGAAACUUGUUGCCUUUUGGCUAUUGUGAGUGUAUUUUGAAGAUUGUUGUAAUACCAUCAUCUGUUGUUUCCAUUUGCAUUUAAGAAACAGCUACAUGUGGAAGUCUACUUAAAACAAGUAUAUUUCAGCUUCGUAUUGACUUCAGAGGAUGGAAGAAAUUGCAAGACCAAAAAUAGCAUGUCUUGAGAAUACUUGCCCUGUUCAAUAUAUCUUGUAUUGAAAAUGGACAUCUAAAACCACAGACAUUACAAAUGCUGUGUAACACUUACAUGAAAUGCAUAGAUUUCAUUUUUAAUUGGGUGAAAACCUGUU